AUGAAUAGACACCAGCCUUGCCACAUCGACUUAGACAGUGACUCCGACAGCGAUUCCUCCAUUGACACGGCGAUGCGCUGCAACGCUUGUCAAGAAGUGUACCUCCCUGACGAUGUUGGCACUUGCAAGAAAUGCUACGAUGGAGUCGUUGAGGCUAAUGAAGUGCUCAUGCAGGAGAUCAAUGUCCUUAAGGCCGAAGUUGAUUUCCUUCGCUCUUCGUCACCUCUCGAUCAUGGUGGCAGCUCCACGUUAUUCACUGACGUUAUUCUCGUUGCUAUCUCCGAUGUUGGCGCAGCCUCAGUUCCUGUUUCCGCUCAUAAAGAAAUCCUGGUAAGUUGUUCGCCAGUCUUCAAAGCGAUGCUUGAACUUGUGAUAAAAGAAGCCCGUAGAGUUGUAAUCAAGAUAUUCGACGUCUUAUGA